GUUUUGCCUGAUGUUUUGGGUGCCUCCUCAUCGUGUGUUUCUUUGGAAGGGCGAGGCAAGCAGUUUGAAAGAUGGCGACCGUAAGCUGGUCGUGUGCGUGCUGUCUGCGCUUUAAAUUUAGUCCUGAAGAUGAGGAUCCGCGUAUCACAAGCAAAAGAAUUGAUGAAAUGAUCGAAAAGGAUAAGCAAUCGAAAAAACGUGAAGUGAAGUUACUGCUGCUUGGAGCGGGAGAGAGUGGAAAGUCAACAUUUCUCAAACAGAUGAGGAUAAUCCAUGGAUUGAAGUUCGAGCCGGAUUUAAUGCGUGAAUAUCAGCAUGUCAUUUAUUUAAAUAUGGUCAAGGGAAUGAAAGUGCUUGUUGAUGCACGAGACAAGCUAUCCAUCGCUUGGGAGAACCCUCGCAAUGGUAAGCACGGUCUCCAUGUCCUCAGUUAUCAAAAUGGAGAGGCAUUGGAUGCAAGUAUUUUCCAAGAUUACGUGCCAGCACUAGAAAGUCUCUGGAAAGAUACUGGCAUCAAACGCGCCUAUGAGAGAAGACGAGAAUUUCAACUGAGUGACUCGGUUCAGUACUUCCUUGACAACCUGGAACGGAUAUCAAAAAUAGACUACAUUCCAUCAAAUCAAGAUAUUCUUCAUGCCCGGAAAGCAACCAAGGGGAUAUCAGAGUUUGUCAUCAACAUUAACAAAAUUCCCUUCAGAUUUGUGGAUGUGGGAGGGCAGCGAUCUCAGAGGCAAAAAUGGUUUCAGUGUUUUGACACUGUAACUUCUAUUCUCUUCCUAGUCUCCAGUUCUGAGUUUGACCAAGUUUUAGUUGAAGACCGCCGAACUAAUAGGCUGGAGGAAUCCCGGGUUAUAUUUGACAGCAUUGUAAACAAUAAGUGGUUCAAAGGAGUGUCAAUUAUUCUUUUCCUCAACAAGACUGAUCUUCUUGUUGAAAAGGUUCAGUCAAAGGAAACAAGCAUUAAGUGGUUCUUCCCUGAAUUUUCUGGUGAUCCUCACAAACUUUCAGAUGUUCAGAAGUACACCUUAGACUUGUUUGUGUCAGUGAAAAAGGAUCCCAAGAAACCCUUAUUUCAUCAUUUUACUACAGCAGUCGACACAGAAAACAUCAAAGUUGUCUUCAAUGCAGUUAAAGAUACUAUAUUACACAGAAAUUUACAGUCUCUUAUGCUGCAGUGACUUGUAGACCCAUCACAAACUAACUUGUAAACUUAUUUGGUUUUUUCUUUGAUUUUUAUUUAUUACCUCAUGCUGGACUUUCCUCUCAGCUUACUCAGGAUUCAUUGAUUUUGUCCAUAGCCUCCUCACCUCUGUCAAGUUUCAUGACAAAAUCUUAUCAGUAGAUCGAGGCUUUCAAGCUAAUUAAUUAUCUAAACCAAAUAAGUCUACUUCCCAGUGAGUGGUGUUGACAAUGCUUUAUUAGUUAUUUUUUUUCUUCCCUUCUUAAUUAGUCCACAGACAUGUAAAAACUCGUCAGUGGCUAGUUUUUAUUUGCCUGUGAAUGCCCUUGACUAUGUACCUAAAUUUCAUAAUUAUUGUGGAGAGCAGGGUGGUUGAUGCUUCCUUGCACGGAAGCUGCCAUAUGUUUCUAGGGGUCGAAGAACCAGUCUCUUCCAUCUAGAAAUAUAGUCUUCAUUCCAUUCUCAUUAUGACAGAAGCAUUUCUUAAUUUUUCUGUAGGUUUAAAAUUUUAUGUCAGGCAUAUGCUUUACUUUACUUGUAUUGCCAUCAACUUAACAAUUCCAAAUUUACCCCAGAAGAAAAGUUUGUGAAAUUUGGCAAAUCUUCUUUUUAUGCAUGGACCACUAUUCUUUGCAGGCCUGUGGUGCAUCCUAUAGUGUCACUCACAGGGCCUUUCAGAGAAUUCAGAGUUUACCUCAAUUAAUGGGUGUUUACUAUCCCUAUAGAUUUAAUAAUGAUAAUGAAGUAAGAACUGAUGGUUAGUAACUUAAUAUGAACUAUUUUUGAGACUUCUUCCAAUGAGUCUGUGAUAAAUAUUAUAUGUAUGGAUGCUGUUGCUAAAGGCAUUGAUGAAGUAGGCCUUUCAGGUUUGAGUAUCAGAGUUUUGCUUUGUGAAAGUUAUAUUUUAUGUAGGUAUUGAAAUCUUUUCAAAUUUUGUAUAUUUUUCACAUUAUUUAAAAUUUCAGCUAUCAUUUCGAACACGAGCGUCCUUGUCCUGGUCAAAGUCUGAUGCACAAAAUGAGCAAUUUUGUCCUUAUUCUCUUAUUAUACACUGUUGAAUGAUUCCACGCUUUGGCCACUCAUGUUAAAUAUUCUGGUUCCUUGUUAGUGUCACUUUGUUGUGAACAUACUAUGUUGCAUCAAGUAUGGCCUUUUUAAUCACAAGCUAUGAACUCACUUUUAAUGAUUGCCUCCUAUUGUAAAGUACUGGAGACAUUUAGAUCUUGACCAAUUCAGUUGUUUUUAUAAUUUAUUGAGUGGCCUGGCCCACAGUUUACAAGGAUUGGACGCCGUUGUUUUCCCUUAAUGCUACAUAAAAUCAAGAGAAUGACUUUGACAUAUUGACCAAAGGAUUCCAAUUUAUUUAAUGUCUAAUGUAGACUCAUACCAAACCAAAUGUACAAUAUACUUUGUGUGAAGUUUGAUUGACUUCAUUUUAUUAUAUUUUAAAGUUUAGCAAAAAAAAAAAAAAAGAUUAGAAUUAUUGUUGACCAUUGUUAUUGGGCAACAUUUAGAAAUUUUGUUGACAAACAAUUCUCAUGACUUUUGUUUACUUGGAUGGCUUGCAUAUGUGGUCUGAUUUGCUGAAAUUAGUUUGAUAGAUGUAACUUGCUGGGGACAUCUGCAAUGGUUGCAAACCACCCUUUAACUUGAGAUUUAUUGUAACGUACAGCACUCAAAAUAUUGUUUCAAACAAUGGCAAUGAGGGUCGCAAGCCCUAACAUUGUUUUAUUUGCUCAUUGUGCUUACAUUUUAGAAGAUUUCCUUAUGAUUUACUUCUGUGCCAUUUCAAGCCCAAGUGUUCAUGUGGCAUAUUAUUGAUUGUGAGCUGGAAAAUUAAAUUUUUGUGAAUAGCUCUUCUGUUUUUACCCAAGUUGAAAAUCAAUAAAUUUAUGGCUGAUGGACAACUUGUGAUUUCAGGUGUUCUGUGUAGAGUUUGUUUAUCUGGAACAUUCCUUCAUUUGAAAAUCCAAGUAUUAGUGAGCAGUUGCCAGUUUCACAGUUCUGUUAAUCUGUUCUACAUUGAGUUGAAUGUUUUGUUGGUUUCUUUUUUUGCAUUUUUUUUCAAAAACAGAGUUUGUAUUGCCUGGUUUCUCUUUGACAAUGUCUAAUACUACAUAAAUAUACUUAUUUUUAAAGGACGAAAGUUUACAAACAGUUUAAGAUGAUGAGACCUUGACCUCCUUUUACAGUGCUCCUGGACCCAUCAUUUCUCAUUGCAGUUGGUUCGCAUGGACCUAAUUUGUAGAUUAGGCACAAAGGGUGCCUGGUGCCAAGCUGUCUGUGCAUGCAUAUCAGAAUAGUGUACAGUCAAGUCAUAGUGUAUUUUACUUUUUAACUGGUAACUUUAUAGUGCCUUUGUUAAGUAUCAAAAUAUUUUUAAGAGGGUUUCUUUUUAUGUCUAUACUUUUGUACAAGUUAUUCACUCUGAACAAUUUUGAUAUGAAUCUGUUUUUGUAUUAUGUGUAAAUUGUGAUUGUUGUAAUAUUUACAACAGUAUAUAUGUCCUAAGUUGUAUAGAUAUGGUUUAAGAAUGUUAUGACUUUCUGCCGUUUGUUGAAUUUUUAAUAUAUAUGAAGCACAUAUCAAUAUGUUUGCUUUGUUUUGUUGUAUGUUUAUGUGGAUUUGUGAGUGUGCUCGCAUCUAUACAUUAAAUAUAAUUCAAUUUACCUUG